UGUCACUAAUUUCUGAAGAGUAGCAAAUAAUGUUAUUUUACCGUCACAAAAUCUCAUAGUACAUAACUGUAAUUUAUUCGGCCUUAGGAUGGGUAUUUAUUCAUCUGUGGUCCGAACUCCGCCCCUAAAAGAUUGAAGAAUUAUUUCAUCAUGUGUCCAAGUUUCAGAGCAGGCAGCUAUGAAGUUCUUAACUCCUGAACAAAAAAAGUUUUAUGAUGACAAUGGGUAUGUGGUAAUAAAUGUUUUAUCCGAAGAGGAAAAAGAUGAGCUUAGUACGGAAUAUGACAGACUUUUCGAGUCAAAAAGGGAAUAUGAGUUGGAAGCUUCAUGGCAGGGGGACUGGAACACCAAGAAAGAAAAAAUGGAAGUGAAGUCUAUCCAUGGACUUCAGAUGCACUCAAGUGUCUUUACACAUUUGCUACUGAACAAGAAAAUGUUGGAUGUCUGUGAAGAUUUGAUGGAAACUCCAAAUAUUUUGUUGCACCAUACCAAGGCUCAUACCAAGCCACCUGGUACUGGCUCACCCUUUCCCAUGCAUCAGGAUUACCAUUAUUUUCCCUUUGAGAAGGACUCUAUGAUAGCAGUAUUCAUCAGCUUGGAUGCAGCAGAUCCGGACAAUGGUGGUCUGUGCGUGUACCCUGGUUCUCACAAGCUAGGACCCCAGGAGGACAUUAGCACUGCUCCAGGAUAUCAUUACCUGAACCAGGACAAAUUCUCCAUUGACAAGGCCACCCCACUCACACUAGAGAGAGGACAAGUUGUGAUCUUCUCGUACCUUCUGGUGCAUGGCUCAUAUAACAAUACAAGUGACCGAGUCCGGCGGAUGUUCCUCAUACAGUUAAUGUCUGCUGAUGAUGUUCCUUCAAAACAAGUUCACCUUUCUGACUGUCAGGGAAUGGUCCUUCGUGGACGAUGCUCAUCCAGGGAGGCAGACAUCAAGAGUCGUCACAGGAAGUAUAUGGAGCAAGAAGAAAAAGCUAAUAAGAUGUAAAUAAACAAUUUGCAUUGUUUUCUUCAGAAUAUUACAUAUUAUAAUUUUAAAACUU